AUGGCGAGCACCAACUCCUUUGCAGCUCCCCAACCUUCCUCUCGCCCUGUAACUCCCGCAAGCCCUAUGAUGGAGGCUCAGACACCGUUCGAUCCUCCGGCGAAGCUGAAAGGCCGUCACAGAUUACUCCAAGGUCUGCAGCGCAUGUCCUCCUCUCCGUCGCUCGCGAAGUUAGGGAGGACCCGCUCGAGCGACAAAGUCUAUCAAUCCAAGCAGAAGGCCUCCAUUUCCUGUGUUUCGCUCAAUUCACCUCCGUCGACGUAUUCUCUAUCACCUCUCAAUUCAUAUGCUCUUUCCAAUGGCUUCUCUACGGCACCGACCACGCCCGGUUCGCCUGGCAGCCAGCAGUCCUACUUUGAAACCAAUGCCAGAUUCCGACCUUUGGGUCCAAACGAAAUAACCUCCGUUUCCGUACCCAUCGACGUCCGAACGUCGAAACCGCUUUCCACUCCUCUCCCCGAAAUUUCCGAGAAGCCAUUUCCCCGCCGGCCGAACUUCAAUUUCUGGCAAGACAUGCCGCACGAGCUGAGGAUAUACAUUCUGAGCUUCCUCUCCCCGAAAGACGUCAUUCGAGCCUCCUCCGUGUCGAAGGAAUUCCAUGACAUGUGCUUCGAUGGACAAUUGUGGACGAGUUUGGACUGCCAGACAUACUACCAGCAAAUCACCUCGGACGCUCUGAUAAAGAUCAUGCUGAAGGCCGGAGCAUUCGUCAAGAACCUCAACUUGAGAGGAUGCGUGCAGCUGCGGGAUCAGUGGCUCAGUCUGGGAACGAGAAUGACCAACCAAGAGUGCAGGAAUCUGGAGCACUUCAGCAUUGAAGGCUGCAAGAUCGAACGGUCGUCCAUUCACUUCUUCUUGCUUCGCAAUCCAAGACUGCUGCAUAUCAACAUGCCCAGUAUGCAGAACAUCAACAAUGCGACUAUGAAGAUCAUCGCCUGCCAUUGUCCGCAACUCGAGCUGCUGAACAUCGAUUGGUGCUCCCAGAUCGAUUCCAAAGGGCUCAGGAAGGUCGUCCAGUCGUGUCCGAAUCUGACCGACCUGCGUGCCAGCGAGGUUCGAGGCGUGGAUGAUAAUGAUUUCAUGCUUGAGCUGUUCCAGCGGAAUACUCUGGAGCGUUUAGUCCUCCAAAACUGCGAUAGCCUGACCGACGAAGCGCUGGAGAUCAUGAUUCACGGUAUUGACCCCGAACGAGAUGUCCUGACAGACCGACCUCUUGUGCCUCCACGACGGCUACGGCAUUUGGAUAUUUCAAGAUGCCGAAGCUUGACCGAUCGAGGGGUGAAAGCACUUGCCUACAACGUGCCAUAUUUGGAAGGCUUCCGGACGUGUCAAAACACGGCUUUGACCGACGAUGCGCUGGAAGAUCUCCUGCAGUCAGUGAACCGCCUAACGCACCUCGAGGUGGAAGAGGUUGAGCAACUGACAAACGCGACUCUGAUCAACCUAUCGAAAUCCAAAGCAGCAAAAACACUCGAACACCUGAGCAUUUCUUACUGUGAGCAGGUUGGGGACAUCGGAGUGUUGCCUCUUCUCAAAGCGUGCACUGAGCUCAAGUCCUUGUGCCUAGACAAUACGAGAAUCUCGGAUCUGGUGCUUAUGGAGGCUUCUGAACAAGUCCGGAAACGCGGGAAUACGACAAAAAGGUCGCAACGACCUAAGAAGGGCUUAGAACUGGUUGCCUUUGAUUGUGCUAACGUCACCUGGGCUGGUGUAAGGGAGAUUUUGCAGGGCAAUGGCCGUGUCAUGCAAGGUCGGAAGAAAUCCGUUGUCCAGACAUACGGCGUCGAGGACGAGUACGGCGAGACGAAAGAACUCCGCAAAGUUGUUGAAAUCCAGACUCUGCUGUAUCCCACGGAGAUCAUCCACCUCAAGGCCUUCUAUGGCUGGCAGCAAACCGUCGAGGAGCACUAUAAGCGAUGUGUCACUGGUCGCUGGGGCGCAGCUGCCCGGCUUGAACAGAAAUGGGCCGAGUGGAUGGUGGCCAGCGAAGAGGUCGGUGUGGUUGGCCACGGGUGGAGUUCGCGGCGGAGGCGCAGGCGAGCUCGUGAAGCCGAAUACCGUGUCCGAGACGACGAAGAUGGUGCGGCUCAGGAGGCAGCCACUGGAGAUGAAGGCAUCAGCGAAGGAGAGUUCGUGGCCGGACGUAUACCGAGAGGAGGACGAAGACGAGCGCGAAGUGGUGGCUGCGUGGUCAUGUGA